CUUUAAUUGUCGCCGAAGAAGAACACAGACGCACAUGUGCUUCCUGUUUCCUUCCGUAAACUGCAUGUGGAAGAGUCCCUCUGCUGAAUAAAUAGCUACCAAAAAGCGUAAAAAUGGUUCGUAAACUUAAGUAUCACGAGGAGAAGCUGCUGAAGAAGGUGGACUUCAUCAACUGGGAGGUGGACAACAACCUGCACGAGGUCAAGGUGCUGCGGAGGUUCCGCAUCGAGAAGAGGGAGGACUACACCAAGUACAACAAGCUGAGUCGUAAUGUCAGAGAUCUCGCUAAGAAAAUCCGAGACCUGGACGAGAAGGACGGCUUCAGAGCUCAGAGCACACACCGGCUGCUGGAGAAGCUGUACAGCAUCGGUCUGAUCCCCACCAAACAGAACCUGUCUCUCACAGAGAAAGUCUCAGCUUCAUCGUUCUGCAGGAGACGACUCCCCAGCAUCAUGCUGAAGCUCCGUAUGGCUCAGAACCUGAAGACGGCCAUUACCUUCAUCGAACAAGGACAUGUGCGUGUUGGACCAGACAUCGUCACAGACCCGGCAUAUCUAGUCACAAGAAAUAUGGAAGAUUUUGUCACGUGGGUGGACUCCUCAAAGAUCAAGCAGCAUGUCAUGAAUUAUAACGAUGAGAGGGACGACUUUGAUCUGGUGGCAUGAGUCUUUGUUCUGGCGUCUGUUCGUCACCCCGGAGGACAAGAAUUCUGUUAACCAUGCAGGAGUUUGGAUCUCUAAAGGCUCGGAAAUAAAGAAGCACUCUCAUCUCCUCCAAUCACGACUUGGCUGAGGAAGGACAGGAAUUAAUUCAAAGGCUUCACGUUGUUUAGCAGAUUCUCUUUGGAUGCUGUGGAGUCUGAGCUGCUGACAGUUGUUCUAACACGUUAAAAAAAGUGGUUGUAAAACGAGAACUGCUUCAUGUCAUUAUCAGUAUUUGACUUUUUGAGCAGCAGAUCCACUGAGGGACCGUCAUCGUGGUGUGACGGAUCCAUUUCCUGUAACUCUACGUUGUUUGUUCUGAUCUUGUUUGACUGUCGAGUUGCUGGUGUACAUGUACAAACUGACUGCUUGUCAUAUUAACUUGUGUCACACAUAGAGGUAAAACAGAAACUGAAUAUUUGAUAAAUAUUUAAUUUUUUUUCAUUAAGACUUUCUUACAAUUGUGUAAACUUUGUAAACAAUAAACAUCUUUAUCACAGUA